CGGUGUCUUUAAAUUCUCAGCCAUUAAUCUGAUCGAAAGCUGCGAGUGAUUUUGGCUACAUCUGAUCUGAUUAGAACGAUGGAUAUACCCAUCAGUUAAUAUACCACGAAAGCACUGGACCGUCAAACGACCGCGCCGGAUUUGAUAGGCGUCUGUUACUCGAUCAAAGCGGUCGUUUUAGUUCCUCUUUAUUUUGCCGCAGUCAAAAUUAUUCCAGCAGCUCAAGGCCAGCGGUCGCGCGCACUUUCUCUGCUCAUAUACAACAUUUCUCAUCUCUCGCAUCACAAUCGAGACAUCUCUCUUCUUUAAUGGCAGGUCUGGAUUCCUAACACGGAUUCAAGCUGAUAUAUAAUGCUGAUCCAGUAAUACAAACAACAGUUUGGCUUCACGUCAAAUAGAGCAAAGGCUGUGCGAGGCAGUGAAAGGCCAGAGGGAGAAGACACAUACUGAGUCUUUGUGCCAGGGGUUGUGCUGCCCUCUCAGUGCUGGUCAACCAUCGAUUCCUGGCUGCCCUCCACCUCUGAUCACAGCCAUGACCUCUGAGAGAGACCCCGACACAGUGAAUCUACGGCUGAUCCUUGUAAGUGGAAAGACACAGGAUUUCACUUUCUCUCCGAAUGACUCUGCCACGGACAUUGCCCACCAUGUUUUUGAAAACUGGCCAGCAGGCUGGGAGGAGGAGAGUGUGAGUAGCCCCAGCAUCCUGAGGCUGAUCUUCCAGGGCCGCUUCCUGCAUGGCAAUGUCACACUAGGAGCGCUGAAGUUGCCCCCUAGCCGAACAACUGUCAUGCAUUUGGUUGCCAGAGAGACGCUGCCAGAGCCGAACUCCCAUGGCCAGAGGAACAGGGAGAAGACUACAGAGAGCAGCUGCUGUCUACUGCUGUAAAACCCAGACAAAGCUUUCCCCACCUCCUUCUGUCCUUCUGCUCCUCACUCCUGUCUCUGCUCACCAACCCGUGGUGCUUUCUGCAAGAUUACAGAACAGCUCCAGGGACAGUGCGACUAGGUUUUCGUUCAGUGUUUUUGCCUCUUAUAGUAACUGGAGACUCUCUUGUGCCAAGUUUAUCAAAUCUCAUACGUUUGCCAUGGUUUGGUUUUCUCGUUUCGUUUGGUUGCCAAAAUUGAGUUUUGCUUGGUAAAGUGGCCAUUUGUUUAUAGGCUGCCUCCUCUGAAAAUAUUAAAGUGUACAAAUAUGAAAUAGCUGAAUCAUUGAAAGCAAAUUAUGUAAACUGAGGUGUGAACAGGUUUUCAGAAGGACGUCCUGUAAUUGAGAGACCUUCUGUUCUCCCAACACCCAAGUGUCAGUUUUCACUUGGCAUUACAUGCCUGACUCAGAUGAAGUUUAACAUGCGUCAUAAUAACAGACUAUUGUUUGCACUUAACACGGAUCCUUAUCUGAAGUCACUAUGUGUGUGUUGUAGUCUUAAUCCUCCUGCCUGCCUCAAACAGAAGGAGCUUACGGAGAGAGAGGUGUGAUGACACAAGCACCAGUCUGUUGCUGUGGACCGAGGGAGUCUGAUAUAGCGCUGGUGGAUUUGACUGUGCUAUGGCCACCUGCGUUUUUUGCCUUUGUCCUUGGACCAAUUGAGAGUGGAUCUCAAAGUCGCCAGACUCCUCUUACUACCUAGUUACGUCAACAUCUGUGCAUGACCCUAGUCUAGUGUUUCCUUGCCCUGGGUGUGUACCAGCCGCCUUUGAAAACCAUUCAUCCUGUGUCUACUUGAAUGGAGUUUUUUUUUUUUUUUCCCUCUUCUUUUCCUCGUAUCUGCUGAAGAAGCAUGUGUUUGAUGACAAACUCUUCUUCUUGCCCAGUCAGGAUAUAUCAUCUGUAUCCUGUCCCAUAGUUGUCUAAAAUGCGUCCUGAGGGACACAGUCCAGGUGCAAAGAAUAAGGAAAUCACCCGAAAGCCUCUGUCUGGAGCUAAGGGCUGGGCUGUUAAAAGCCUCCAUUAUAAGCACUAUGGAUUCAUGGACCCCCUGCUACAUUGUUGCAUUUUGUCAAAAUGUGUGUUUGGGAUGGCCGGCCCUAAUGGCCUCCCACUGGGCCAGAAGAAAGGAACAAUUGAGUGUUUUAUUUCCUAAUGUUUGUAAGCCGUCUGUUUUGUUUGCCUUUUGAUUGUGGGAAAUUAAUAUUAUUAAUAAUGGAGUUAUAAUUGGGACCUUUUUAUCUUGUCCGAGUAUGAGUUUUUAUUAGUACACAUCAGAUGGCUGAUUCGUGUUAAGUGUGUGUGUGUGUGUGUGUGUGUGAGAGAGAGUGAGUGCGAGUGGAUGGGAAAUUUUUUUUGGGAAAGAUAGUGAGUUUCAGAGAAACUGUCUCCAAUCUUCCUUUUAUUGGCCAAUUACUGCAAGAAUGUUUUAUCAUUGUCACUGCUAUGAAAAUUAGCUACAAAUUAUUACAUGUAAAAAAAAAUCCCUAAAUCUUGUAUUAUAAAUUAAUAAAAUCUUUCAAAUAAUA